AUGCUUUUGUUUCUAACCCAGGGCGAAAAGGUCGAAUUCACAUGUGCGGGCUGCAAAGCCUUCUACGCCUCAAAAGUGGAGCAGUUCCACACACUGCCUCUUGUGCUGGUUCUGCAUCUGAAGAGGUUUGGAGGACCUGGGGGCUUGGAGAAGCUGGAGACUCUUUUGUUUCCUUCGGAGCUGAGGCUCUCCACCCUCUGUGGGGACAUUGUGCCAGCCCACAGGCCCUGCCUGACCAACCAGGCCCCCAAUAUCCAGGUGUCCAUCCCCCAGACCCUCGCCAGCCAAGUCUCCAGCCCACCUGGAGAGGCCAAAGAUAGCGCCCUCUGCUCUUCAGGGCAGUACAUUAGUGACAUCUUGAAUGCAAGUGGAAACUGGUUCUGCUGUAACGACAGCCAGGUGUCAAUGUCCAAUGAAGCCGAGUGCUUACCUGCUCUUCUAUAUGUUCAGGGCAGGAGAGCAGGAGGCCCCAGCACACAGGCCCUAACAGGGCCACCAGCCCCGACAGGGUCAGCACUUGGACCAGCCUCCACACCCCAAGCACAGCCCAGCCUCAACAGGGGUAGUACCAGGCCAAGACUAAACACCCCCAGCCCAGCCUCAACAAGGGCAGCACCUGGACCAGCCUCAGCACCCUCAGCCCAGCCUCAACAGGGUUAGUUCCAGGUCCAGACUCAAACCCCCCAGCCUCAACAGGGGCAGCACUGGCCCAGCCUCACAUCCCCAGCCCAACCUCAACACCUCCUUGUUUGCCCCUCUUCAUGUUUUUCCCUGACAACAUUCCCACUGCUGUGUCAAAAAAAAUCACUUAACCGUUGUAACUCUUUCAGCUCAGGAAGCUUUAUCGCCUGGGAUUCAGGCCGGUCCUAAUAGGAAACACAACAAAGGGAAGCAGCUGAUGUUAUGGAGCCAAUCAGCAAUCAGGUCUGGAGGAGGAAUGCCACAAAGAUUCAGAGACUAUGAGUAUAUUUUUAAAUUACUCUCCAGUUGUAUUUACCAUUUGAAUAAAUACAGACAUGAACAUG